UGAUUGGCUAAUUUCUCAAAUCUCGAAACUCCCGUCUCGAGAUCAGAAAUAAUAUGAUCUAGUAGUCUACCGGCGAUCCUAUGGCCGGAGAAUCAUCAUCACUGGCGGAGAUGAUGACGGGAGAGAGAGUGGUCGUGGCAGUCGUGGUUUCUCGUGUCCUCUUGUCUCUCCCACUAUCUCUAAUCUCUCAUGGUUUCUCCCUCUUCCUCCUCUCUCUCUCCGCUUUCCUCAUCGAGCUACGCGCCGAGACUUCCCCAUUUCUCCUCUCUCCUUUCACCCCCAGACGAGGUGCGUCCUCCGGAAUAUUGCUAGGAGCAGUUACACUUCCGGCUGUUAUGAUGUCUAAGCUGGUUCAGCUUACAAGAGCUAUCUCACUCCAUCAAGCUCAACAAGAUGAGCUAGCGCAUGUGACAAUGCAGUACUGGGCAGCAUCGGCAAGCUGCUGCGCAAUACUUAUAUAUCUCUCAGUGGUUAUGUCGCAAGCCAAGAAGAACGAAUCUUCUUCUUCUUCGUCCUCAUCCGUUUGGCUUACAAGGGUUAGCUUAACCGGCACAGUUUUGUAUGGAGCCGCAUGCUUUGUUUCACUUUCCAUUAUAUCACACACUGGCUUGAACACAUCAUUGAAGAUGUUGUGGAUGUUGUUACACGGCGUUGCAGCUGUGAAGUUAAUUCGACAUUUGCUUCGCACCUUCCCUUCUUGUGCUUCUAUUGGGGAAGCGCUUCUUGUGACCAGUGGUCUUGUUCUCUAUUUUGGCGACUUUUUGGCUUGUACAAUUGCAAAGAUUUGCGAGAAGUUGAUACCUGUGGAUCUUGUCUCAAUAAGCUAUGGAAUAAGGAGAACUGAAACAGGCAUUAUCAUCCAGGGUCUACUGUUGGGCCUUCUACUUUUCCCGAUGGUGUUUAGAUUCGCUCUGCAUAUAUAUGAAAGCUCUUUGAAUAAGAGAGACGGUCGACCAAGAACCUGCAGUGAUACUGCAAAGUCUGUCUUAUUCUUUGUUUCACUUCUGCCUUUUAUGGUCGUGGCUGUUCCUUCUUGGAUGCAGUUUGUACACGAUUUUCACCACCAUCCCUUCUUAUGGGUGCUCGCAUUUGUCUUUUCUGAACCUAUGAAGAGAGUUUCAUUGUGUAUCUACUGGCUUCUGUUGAUCGUUGUGUCUGUCUCACGGUUUUAUAACAUCUCAAGAGGUAGCAAGGUGGAGAGAAUCUUGCUCCGGAAGUACUACCAUCUGAUGGCUGUUUUAAUGUUCUUGCCUGCUCUUGUCUUACAGCCUAAGUUUCUCGAUCUAGCAUUUGGUGCAGCGUUGGCGGUUUUCAUUGCAUUGGAGAUCAUUAGAAUAUGGAGAAUUCAUCCGCUAGGAGAGCCGUUACAUCACUUCAUGAAUGCUUUCACUGACCAUCGUGAUUCAGAGCUUCUGAUCGUCAGCCACUUCUCACUCUUGCUUGGGUGUGCGCUACCAAUUUGGAUGUCUUCAGGGUUUAAUGACAGAGCUUUAUCUCCAUUUGCCGGAAUACUCAGCCUCGGGAUUGGAGAUACAAUGGCAUCGAUGGUUGGUCACAAAUAUGGGGUGCUUAGAUGGAGCAAGACAGGAAAGAAGACGGUGGAAGGAACAGCAGCGGGAAUAACAUCGAUGAUGGCAGUGUGCUAUGUGCUGAUCCCAGUAUUAGCAUCAAUGGGUUAUAUACUAAGCCAAGGAUGGUGGUCGCUUCUUGUUGCUGUUACCGCCACGGGGAUGUUGGAAGCUUACACGGCGCAGCUAGACAACGCCUUUAUACCUCUCGUCUUCUACUCUCUUCUCUGCUUGUAGUAAGUUGAAGGCGUUAGUUUUUUUUUUAAGCUCAAUGUAUUGUACAUAACAAAGUAGUAUAUCUUACUAGUUACUACUAACCAUACGUCUCUCUGUCUGAUUUUACCUAAUGUUUUCUCAUACUGUUGUUAAAAGAGUUUAAUACUAGCGUGUGAUGUUUCAGUUCA